UGGGUCAAACAGAGCCAGCCCACUCAGAGCGCUAUUUAAGGGCCUCUCUUGCACAGUGCAGCGAAGUUUCAGAUACACACUUGUUCUGCAGUCAGCGUGUGUUCUCCAUCUCUCUCUCUCUCUCCUCCUCCUCUCUGCCAGAGUUUCACCUGAAGCCAUGAACGCUGGAAUCUGUGUGUGUGUGCUGCUGGCUGCCCUCUCCACCAGCAGCUGCCUUUCUCUCCCCGCAGUCUCAGAAGAUGGGGGGCAGUCUGAUCUCGGGAUCGUAAUGGAACACACACGCCACACCCGUGCAGCACCCUCCAGUGGACAACUCAGCCUGCUGUCCAAAGCAGAGGAUGAUGAAGAUCCCCGCAGCAGUUUGACUGAACUACUGGCCAGAAUCAUCUCCACAAAAGGUACAUAUCGCAGAAGCCCCUCCCCAAAAAGCAAGUCCAUGGGCAACAAUCACAGAAUAAAGGACAGAGAUUACUUGGGAUGGAUGGAUUUUGGCCGACGGAGCGCAGAGGAGUAUGAAUACUCCUCGUAAGAUCUUUUCAACAAAUCAUGUUAAUCAACCUGAUUAGCCAAUCACCUGUACAGAGUCACCCAUUUCAAUGUCAAUCAAAUCAAAGUCUGAGAGCUCGGUCUGAUGUAAAUUUGUUUGUAAAAUGGAGAUAAUGCAAUAUAUAAAUAUAUGUGUCCAUCUAUAUAUAUUUAUUUUGCAGAAAAAAAACGAGUGAGAAUGUAGUCUCAACUGCUUUUAUUCUCAUAACUCAUGUAUAUAUGAUUUUAUCCUCACUUUAGACAUAUCACAGGUGUCUCGAAUAAAUCAUUGCCUUAACUCACUCA